ACUGUGCAGAGUGAGCCCUGGAACACUAGUUCCGACAUUACAUUUUACUAUUUAUUUUAGUAUAUCUCGUCUAAUAUUUACCAACUAUUGUUUGAUGUGUUUGUUAAUAGCAGCAAGGAAGCAUUCUGAAUCCUUCCACUGCCUCUGGAUAGGAUGCCUAAAGGAAGGCAUUGCAACCCGUGCACGCGAAACGAUGGUCAAUGGUUUCCCCAUCUAGAUGUGCAAGAACCCACAUUCACUGCUGUUUUGAAAUCUACCAAAGGCAAAUGUAUUGCAAUGCAAGAAAAUCGUUUUUCUCCAAUCCAGUUAAACGAUAGAUUACCAUUAUUGUUCAAAGUGCGUGAGAAGUAUCUAUUACAGGGGAAUUUUCCAUUUUCAGCACAUGAUAACAAAUACAGCUUGAGACACACAGGCGAUCAUCUUGACUUAGGACUGGGACGGAAAAAGGUCUCUGCAGAAAAGCAGACCGUUGAUCUGCGGGACCCUGGGAAAGCCUCCAUGAUGAAGAGCAGAUUUGGUAUUACCAUAUAUCAGACAUCUUACCUGGGUAACCAGGAUACGGAACAUCCUAACUAUAGACGUUAUCCCAAAAUUCCUCGCGAGAGUUCGCAAAUGGCACAGUCUCAAAAUUCUGCUGAUUUAAUGUGGUUUGGGAAAAAUAAUUCCCGAUACAGAAUUCCGAUGGAGGUUUUAGGAAUUACUCAACGUUCUCUCCUUUCUACUGACAAAAAGUUUUAUCGCACAAGAUUCCUUCCAAAAUAACUGCUUAAAGAUCCCUAUUGGUACCUAUUUUGAUUUUUGUAUAGUCUUACAUUAAUAGAAAAUAAAUACAUUGCCAAAAUAUGCACAGGUGAAAUUAUGCAUUCUCUGGAUAUUUUGUCGUCAUGCAAACACAGAUUUGCAUUCAUUCCCAAUCAGUAUUUCAUGUAUAGUAUAAUGUAAAUUCCACAAUCAUUAUGUUUCCUGUUGGAAACUCCCACUGUUUUUCCGAGGUGCUUGUUAAUUAUGCACAUGGCAUUUCAUGUCAAUAGGCACAUAACCUGUUUCAAUAGAGAUACAGGAGGACACGUUUUAAGAAGUAUUUCCCCCACUAGAAAUGUAACUGCACUGUUGUGGUGGCUGCCUCGCCAACAGUCUGUCUGUCCUUUCGUCUGUUUUGUUAUUUUAAGUAGGUGUUCAAAAGUAUGUUUUA